GUGGCAACAGUGAUAACGCAGCUGUUUCACUGAUAAAAAUUUUUUCUGCACACGAACUUCACAUGUAAUUUCGCGAGUUGAGUUUUAUUUAAAGUAAUUUUAGUUUUAUUGCUUGGUAAUUCGAUCGGUUCAUUUAAUAGGCUUAAAAAUGGCCCAUUCGCCAGACGAUAUCAAGACCAACGAUGAUUGCAUUGCUAAAAAAACUGCAGACGAAACGCCAAAUAUCGAAUUUGAACGCCUUAACAUUACGGGUAGAAUGAAUCGCGGCGAUGAAACCACCCUGGACCAUGAAGAAAAAUAUGCCGGUAUCAAAUGUUUGGAUAAUGGAAGAUAUCAGCUUUCAUUUCAUGUUCCUAGCAUUUUCCUGGGAAUUAUUAUUGGUAAAAGAGGAGCAACUAAGCAGCGUAUUGAAUCCGAUACGAGGACUUCAAUUUUCAUUCCCAGACACGAUGAAACCGGAGAUAUUGAAAUAAGGAGUAAAAACAAAGACGAAAUUUUGAUUGCUCAUCAGCUAAUCAAAGAACUUGUGGCUAGAGCUCGUUCGAAACAUCCUUACAAUCGGUUCAUUUCUAUAUCGAUGGUGAAUUCUGAAAUUCUAGAAAACUAUCGACUGUUCAAAGAAGGAGUAUUAAACACUUGUAAAGAUUGUUCUGGAAUAAGUGAAGAUCUGUUCCAAAAUCCAGCCAAAUUUCAUUUAACUGCUAAUGUAAUGAUGUUGGCAGACGACGUUGAAAAUAAUUUAGCUAUUGAUAGAUUAAUUUCCAGCAAAGAGGAUAUAUUGAAUCCGCUUUUUGGAGGGCGUUCCCUGACAGUACGAGUUCGUGGAAUUGAAAUUAUGAAUGAUGAUCCAAGUAAAGCAAAAGUCCUUUUCGCCAAAAUAGAGGAUUCAACUGGUUUGCUUCAACAGUUGAUGGAUAAUUACGUAGAUUAUUUCGUUAAAGCAGGUUUAAUGAAGAAACAAAGAGAACACGUCACAUUGCAUAUGACACUAUUGAAUUCGUCUUUUAUCAUGGAGAAAUUAUACGGAGAUACGAUUCCGAAAACGGUAAAAUGGCAUACUUUUGAUGCCAGUAAAAUUUUAGAGAUUUAUAAGGAUUACGAUUUUGGCACUGUAGAGAUCAACGAAGUACAAUUAGCGUGUAGUCAUACCGAGACUGAAAAAGGCUAUUACGAAACCAUCUUAAAUACUCUCAGAAUGGAUGUAAUUGAUCCUCACAUCGAAGUGAUAGACGGAAUACCAUACAGAGUGAAUCACAGCGAUGACUAUAACGUACUCAAAAAUGCCGAGACUACACCAUAUAUUGAAUUCGAUGAGGAAAAAGAAGUAGAAUGUGGCGGAGAUCUCGUCGACGCGGACGAAUAUGGCGUAGAGGUUGAACUUUUAGAUGAUGGAUAUUAUCUGAUUCAGUUACACGUUCCCAAAGAAUUUCACUCCAUCAUUAUCGGUCUCAAAGGAGGAACCAGACAACGUUUAGAAUUAGAAACUAAAACUUGUAUAGACGUCCCCAAGAAACAUGAAAAAGGAAAAGUUGAAAUCAAAGGUAAAUCACGAGUAGGAGUGUUAGCUGCCUAUCGAAGAAUCAAGAUUCUGCUGACUACUGCACGAGCUAAGAUACCUCAUACUCACUUCCUUUCUAUACCAAUGAUGAAUGCUGAAAUUGUGAAAAAUUUUCAACGUUUUAAAGAAGAAGUAUUGGAUACUUGUGGAAAAUGUGCUGGUAUUUGUGAAGACCUGUUUCAAAAUCCGGGCAAAUUGCAUUUAACUCUUGGAAUGAUACUGUUAACUGAUGACAAAGAAAGAGAUAUAGCAGUUAACACUAUGAUCUCGAGCAAAGAAGACAUAAUAAAGCCCCUUUUUGGGGGGCGUGCUUUACAAGUACGAGUCCGCGGACUCCAGCUGAUGAACGACGAUCCAAGUGAGGUUAAGGUGCUUUAUGCAAAAGUAGAAGAUCCCUCUGACGAAGGAUUACUUCAAGAAUUAGCUGAUAAGAUGGUUGAUUAUUUUGUGGAUGCCGGCUUAAUUGAGACAGAUAGAACUAGUGUCAAGUUACAUAUGACAGUAAUGAAUUCAGUUUUUCUGGUGAAAAAAGUACACGGUGAAGAAUAUGCGUAUGCAGGAUCGAAAAAAGUAAAAAAGUGGCAUUUCUUUGAUGCUAGUAAAAUUAUGGAGUUAUACAAAGAUUACGAUUUCGGUGUCAUGGUAAUAGAUUCUAUACACCUGUCUCAAAGACAUACCAGGACUGAAAAUGGUUACUACAUUGCUACUUGUAAGCUAAUGGUGUAUUAAUUAUGUUACGUAGUACCCGAACGUUUUUCUGUGAUCUGUUUUCUUUAUUAUACUUAUUAUAUUUUUUUUAUCAUA